CAUGAACAAGCGAUAACGUGAGUGCGUUCAAACAAAUAAAUGUACUCAAUGUAAAAGCCAAAUACCACAAUAACAAUAACAAUUGACUUCAUAAAACAGAAUAAUAGAAAUAAUCGCAGUCAGUGCACUAUAGAUUUAUAGGUACACAUGUGUUCGGCUGAUAACGCAGUAACACGACGGGAUGAUACGAUAACAUUUUUAAACUGUUAAAAAAAUGGCGGCGUCAACACGGAAGUCAAAAUGGACUGAAACAAACGAAGUACUGUUCGAUAUUCUCAAAGAAGCCGAUUUACCAUUAGAAGUCAAGGUGUAUGAUGAAUAUGCUAAUCACACAGUUGACUCGGAUUUAAUAAAUUUGUCGGACAGCAAAUUGUUGAUUGUGUGUCGAAAAUCGCUCUCCUUCGCAAGGGUUCACAUUUUAGAAUCAGAAUUCUUUGAUGGGAUACCUAUAGAGCAACGAAAUGACUUUGAAACUAUUGCCGAAAGGGCCAACUAUGUUGGAAAAGAAUAUUACAUUCCAAUGAAAUAUCACAGACGUUUGCAAACGGAUACCAUGAUACAGCCUACAAAUAUGAGAUCUGGACGAUUGACGUUUACCAAUACCAAGAGGACCGCGACAGUUAACAAAGAUGGCACUUACACACGUCUCAUUCACUGUCUACAAGCCCUCAAAGAUGAGAAAAUUUGCCCCUUAGCUUUUUCGUUCGUCAACCCAGAGCCCGAAGAUGUUGUUCAUUUUGAUGACGAAAAAGCAGGGAAUGCGUAUAUAUUUGCGCAAGGUCCAUUAGCAUAUUUGGGAUGUAUUGAUAUUCCAUAUGUUAUUGCUUGGAAACGAGAGCCUGGGUACAAGUCGUACAGUACUGUUCUUAUACCUGAGAGCAUGUGGAAAGAUGUUCGAGUAAAACGGAGAGUUGUGUCGGAUGCAACGACAAACAUGGAAAUAACGACCCGCAGAUACCAGAUGUGUCAGAAUAUUGAUUUUGUUGAGACUCGCUUAUAUUGCGUUGAUACGGACUUUCAGUACCCAAUUAUUCUGAGAAGUCCGGAUAUGUUUAAAGUGAUCCGUACUGGAAGCGCAUUAAAACAACGGUGUCGAGUUCCAUACCGAGAAUCAUCCGAAGAAGAACAAGAAGAAGAAGAAGAAGAACUAAAUGAGAAUCCUACUGAACAACCAUCUGUAGUAGGCGACACAUACGAAGAACGGCAUAAAUAUAAAAUGAAAUCACAUGUAAAAUCGGACCAUGGGGAAAAAUCGACCAUUACAGCGGAUUAUGACUUUACUGAGGCGUACAAUCGAAUAGAUCUUGACAAACGUUACGUCGUCAUAUUCACAGAUAAGGAAAAGCCACUCGCUGUCAGCUCUAGUGAUAACUAUGAAAGAAAAACUCCCGAAACUUGGGUCAUUAAUUUUGAUCCAUUAUCUGAAAAGGAGAAAGAAGAAAUUGAGAUCCCGGGAAAAUCCGAUGAAGAUUUUUAUGCAUUGACUGUUUUAAAGCUGUGCUAUCUGCUAUGUUUCUGUGGACUGCUCGAUGUUGCCAUGGUUUGUUAUCGGCAUAAACUGGACGGGGAGUUCUUCAGGAUGGCAAAACAAGACGUCAUUUUGAACAAACCGUUUUCUCUCUCUGAACUGGAAAAGGUGAAAUUUGACCAAAUUAUUCAAGGGUGGCGGCCGAAGGUGAAAGACAGCGUUUCUACUGCGCAUGUAACAUACCAGUUUUAAGCGUAAACACCCAAAGAUAGCCGAAUACUAGUUCUAAUCAAUUCGUGACACAGUUUGAGAAUUUGUCAAGAUAAUUUUAACAGACAACUUCUCAAAACAACUAAAAUAAGUACAGGUGACAAGUAACACAACUUGUGUUAAGGCUGUGAUACUCAGUAAUAUCAUAUGACCGUUGAUACAAAAAAUAUAGUCAUGUCUGCAUUGGUGUGUUACGGCUUCUCCCUUGCAUGUGAGAUUAUUAUUAUUAUUUGAAGUAUAUCAUGCUAAGGCUUAUAAAAAAUUCAAAAAGCCAGAGAUAUAGUUGAUAAGUGUAAUUAUGUUUUUCACCGCGACAUAAAAUAUCGCAAUAUCAAUGCAUCCAAUACGAAGCUCGCGAUUUGCAAUUCUAUACUGGCUUCGCUAUCUGCAUAUGUAUCGCGUCAUUUUGCGUCGUUUAUUAUCUGUAAUCACUAAAAAAAUCUUCUUAAAAAAGAGUGUCAUUAUGAUAGUUUCGCAUAUGUGAAACAAGUCAAUAAGGUCGCGCUAUACUAAUACAAAUAAAUCCUAAUGUAAUUAAAUGUGAAACAUUCCAGUUUUGCAGAAAAUAAAGUCAAUAUUUUGCAAGCUGGGACACCCAUAACCAUAUAUUUUCUUAAAGAGCUUUCUAAGUUUAAUGCUUUUAAGAAAAAAAAGGCAUGUCAUUUGGUGUGCAAAAAUGAAAUUUAUACGAUUAUAAUUCCCUUUUUGUAACGUUUUUUUAUCGGCUUCUUUUUAAUUCAUUGUAAAUCGCGUUUCUCGCAAGUCUCCUCUAGGAACUUGUUCUUUCGUUCUUUUGUUGUCACUGACAGUCGAUGUAUUACUUUCAACCAUUUUCUAAUAAAUUAUCAGACAAUAA